ACAGAUUCCCACUUGAAUUUACAUACACCACAAGAAGUAACCUUAUAAACAAACCGCAUCAAGCAUCGACUUUUAGUCUUGAUUCCAACACACAUCGAGUCAAGAAAGCAAGAGCAUAAACAGAAAGGAAAUCAAAAUGGCCGAAGACAAGAAAGAACAGCAGACCCAAGACCACAUCCCCACGGAGCCUCAAUCCGACACCCAAGAAGAGAGCAAAGGAACCGGAGGCUUACUGAGUGGAAUCGGCGAUCCAGUCGGCAACGUGCUCAACACGGCCCUGCGCCCCGUCGGCGCGCCCCUCGAGAAAUUCGUCACCGGCCCGCUGGGCGAAGGCCUCGGCGGCACCACGCGCGGCGCCCUGGGCCCGCUGCUAGGCCACGAGGACGAGCGCGCUGAGAUCCUCGGCGGCAAAAACGCAGAUAGCUAUAGUAAGCCUGAGAAGAUUGCUGGCAAGGAACAGACGGGGCAGAAUCCGCUUGGCUUGGAUCAGACGGGGCGGUGGGGGUUUGAGGAUGAGAAGAAGAAGAAGUAGAAGAAGAGAGGAGGGGAGUGGGAGUGGAGUGGUCAUGGGGAAAUGUAACCAUUUUUUUCGUUCUUUUUUUUCUUUCUUUUCUUUCGCACCUUUUUAACUUUCAACUCGACAUGAGAGAUGGACGUAUUCGGUAUUAUAUAUAUGCCAGAUAUACUUGAAUAACAUAACUCCUCGAAAAAGCAAUUCCA